UGAUUGUACUACCAAAAAUAAUCGAUUCCAUCGAAAAGCAUGGAAAUCGCCGAUAAAAGAGGAGGGGAAGUGGUGAUGAGGAGUUGAAUAAUUGAAUUCAAGGGUUUUUGAGCUCCACUGCUCCCCCUUUUGUUUGUGUUACGGAACCUGAGGUGAUAUAAAUACUUAGGGUUUUUGUUUUCUGUCUCUCUAAAGAACGAGAAUGGUGGGCACAACAGAGGCAGUGGAUUCAUCAGCCUCCAACAACAAGAAGAACCGUAUCCAAGUCUCCAAUACCCAGAAACCCCUCUUCUUCUACGUUAAUCUCGCCAAGAGGUACAUGCAGCAAUACAAUGAGGUGGAACUCUCAGCGCUUGGAAUGGCUAUUGCUACUGUUGUUACCAUUGCUGAGAUAUUGAAGAACAAUGGGCUGGCCAUAGAGAAAAAAAUCAUGACUUCCACCAUUGACAUGAGAGAGGAAUCAGGCGGACGACCUGUACAAAAAGCUAAAAUUGAAAUACUGCUGAGGAAGUCAGAGAAGUUUGACGAGUUGAUGGCAGCUGCUGCUGAGGAAGCCUUAGAUAAUGAGUAAAGCUAAGCUAGGAAUAAGAUUGUGAGCUGUGUUACUUUGAUUGUGAGCAUCUUCAACAGUUCUGUUCUUGUUUGCUUGCGAGUGAAGCUUUGUCACUGUGAUGAGUUUUAGGAAUUCUUGUAAACUACUAUUGCGGUUUAUUAUUCAAUAUUCAAAUUUGUUGUCGAUC